GAAAACUGAAAAAUGUGCCAAAUUUUUUCACUCAUUUGUACGAAAGGCUGAACAAACAGAUCAGGCAUAGACAGAUCUUUUUAAAAAGAAUAAAUAUGGUGGAUAUGGGUGGGAGUGGAGGUGGUGUUGUAUCUCCACUAGCUCAGCAAUAUUGCCUUAAAUGGAACAAUCAUCAGAACAAUCUGUUACGCGUAUUUAUACGUCUACUUGGUCAAGAACAGUUUACUGACGUUACCAUUGCAUCAGAGGGUCGGAGAAUAAAGUGUCACAAGAUGGUUUUGUCUGCCUGUAGUUCAUACUUCGAGCAGCUGUUUACAGCCUACAGUGAAUCCAGCCAGAUUGUCAUUCUUAAGGAUACACCCUACCAAGAUAUAGCGGCAAUUAUAGAAUUUAUGUACAAAGGAGAAAUUAAUGUUUCUCAGGAUCGAUUGUCGUCUUUGCUAAAAACUGCAGAAAAUUUGAAAGUGAAAGGACUAGCUGAAGUGUCAGGAGAGGAGAAGAAGUCUCAACCCAACCAUGUUACAAACAAUAAUUAUGCAACCAGCCACAACACUGCCCUGGGGAACACUGUUACACCGUCCAGGAUCCCCGCCCCUAGACUUCAAGGACCGCCUCCUAUGCAAAUGAUGGGAAGAUCCCCUGCAGCUGCAUCCUCUCUCAUGUCUGAGAUGUUAACGAACGGUGAUAGUAAGCAGAGAAAACGAGGCCGACCUCGUACACUAGACGGACCAGAGGACGAACCUUCAUUCUCACCCAGGAUAGUUGGUGCACAAGGUGGCGGAGGAACCUCUCCUAUGAUAGUUGCCCCUGGUCUGCCUAGAGAGGGGUCUUUGUCCCCCUUCAAGCACAAGCUCAUGUCUGCCCCUUCCCAACAAAGCAUGUCACCCCUACAGGCUGCCCUGAACCGCCCCCUGCCUGAACCAACAGAACGCCCCACCCAAUCUCCCCCUGGCUCUAGCCCCGCCUCCCCCCACCCUACUCCAGUAAAACAGGAGAGGAUGGAUGGAAUGGAUAUCGGAGGAAUGAUGAAUCCUAGCGGAGUAAAUUCGGAGGCAAUGAGUGCUCUUUCGGAGGAGAAGGUUAUCUCCUGGGGUAUUGUGAAGAUGAACGACUACUUAGUAACUGGUACAAGACAACAGUACUGGGAGGAAUUAUUUGUUAAGAAUGUUAUGGAGAGUGUGAAGAACAAAGAGCUGGACAUGAAGGGAGCAGCUGAACUGCUGGGGGUCAGCUAUGGAACACUAUACGGUAGAUACAGAGAAAAUUUUGGUUACUUGAAGCAUGCAUGGAAUUUGACCGGAAGACCUCAGAAGAAAAACAACCUUUGGACGGAUCCGAACACGAAGAGUAUCCUUGACUCAAUGCGUGCCGGAAACAUCAACAUUAAGCAAGCAGCUGAAGCCCUUGGAAUGGAGCCCGCUAUGUUAGCCUAUCAGCUGGCUGGAAAGGUGUGUGGUGAGGAUGGAAUGGUUGGUGGAAGUGAGGAGGAUGAGGAGGGUGUGGAGGACGAGGAUGACGAUGAGAUGGAUCUCCAGGAAAUGAUGGAGGUUCAGCCGGAUAUAAUCCUCGGAGAAACUGUGAGAAAACAUCAGGAUGAUUAUGAGGAUAGUAUAGUGGAAGGAGAAUGAAGAAGAU